UCAAGUAGAAUAAUUUUUAGUUAUGCCGGCAUUGAAGGUAAAGUGGAAGGUAAGGUGAGUGAGGUGGUAGCAUGAAUCGGUCUCGCAUUUCUUUCUCCACGCAAAGGCACGUAUGCAACAUUUCUUCCGAUCACCUUCCUUGUGACGACGGCGAAUAAAAAAGGAAAGCGCUGCCUCUGUUGAGAGAGAGAGAAAUCAUCAGAAAUGUGGGUCUUUUAUCUGAUAUCGUUACCCUUCACCAUUGGAAUGGUGGGUCUAACGUUUUGGUACUUCGCCGGACCAGACGUACCUCGUUACGUUCGUAUCACCAUUGGUUACACCUGGUUCUGCUCUCUCUCUAUCAUCAUCCUUGUUCCCGCCGAUAUAUGGGCUACACUAUCCAAUCAUGAUAAGGGACAAAUAUCUUUCUUCUGGAGCUGGUCUUAUUGGAGUACUUUUUUACUCACUUGGAUUGUGGUGCCUAUACUUCAGGGUUAUGAAGAUGCAGGGGACUUCACUAUAACCGAAAGACUGAAGACUAGUGCACAUGCAAACUUAGUUUUCUACUUAUGCGUUGGUGCUAUGGGGCUUUUUGGACUUGUCUUGCUCAUUGUUGUUCAAGAAUACCGGAUAGGAAACAUUCCUGGUUUUGCCAUGGCUUGCUCAAACACAUUUGGUCUUGUCACUGGUGCAUUUCUUCUUGGCUUUGGUCUAAGUGAAAUUCCAAAAGGCAUCUGGAGAUGUGCAGAUUGGACAACUCACCAAAAGAUUCUUUCACACAAGGUGGCCAAAAUGGCUGUCAAACUUGAUGAUGCUCAUCAGGAAUUUUCAAAUGCUAUAGUAGUUGCCCAAGCCACGUCAAAACAGAUGUCAAAGCGUGAUCCUUUGAGGCCUUACAUGAAUGUCAUAGACAAGAUGCUGAGUCAGAUGCUUAGCGAAGACCCCUCUUUUAAACCACAAGGUGGAAAUUUAGGAGAAAAUGAUAUGGAUUAUGACACUGAUGCAAAAACAAUGGCUGCACUUAGACGUCAACUCGAGAUAGCUCGAGAGAAGUACUACCGAUACAAAAGCGAGUAUAUGAAUUUUGUAACUCAAGCGCUUGAGCUGGAAGAUACCAUAAAGAACUUUGAGCACAGGAGUGGCACUGGCUGGAAAUAUAUAUCAAGCUUCCGGCCUGAAAGAAGUGGAAGAUUAGGGUCUAUGCUGGACAUAACAGAGUUGAUUUGGCAUUGUGUAUUGGCAAAGCAACUUCAGAAAGUUUUGGCAAUCCUCUUAGGCUGUAUGUCGGCUUCUAUACUUCUUGCUGAGGCAACAAUUCUGCCAAGUGGAUUUGAUUUAUCUCUCUUUUCUAUUCUGAUUAAUGCCAUGAAAGGGCAUGAGAUGCUUGUACAGGUUGCUGCCUUUAUUCCUUUAAUGUAUAUGUGUAUGUGCACAUACUAUUCCUUGUUCAAAAUAGGAAUGUUGACAUUUUAUUCAUUGACUCCAAGACAAACAAGUUCAGUGAGCUUGCUUAUGAUAUGCUCGAUGGUUGCACGCUAUGCUCCUCCUAUUUCAUACAACUUUCUCAACCUUAUCCAUCUUGACAACGGCGCAAAGACUAUCUUUGAAAAGAGAAUGGGGAAUAUUGAUGAUGCAGUCCCAUUCUUUGGAAGAAGUUUCAAUAAAAUUUAUCCGCUUAUUAUGGUCAUCUACACCUUAUUGAUUGCGAGCAACUUUUUUGAUCGAGUCCUUAGCUAUUUUGGGAACUGGAGAAUUUUCAAAUUCCUGAGUGAAGAGGCUGACGAUUUGGAUGGAUUUGAUCCCUCAGGACUCAUUAUUCUGCAAAAAGAACGUUCUUGGCUUGAACAAGGACAUAAAGUAGGUGAACUUGUUGUUCCAUUGGCAAGGAAUUUCCAAAAUGCAAGUUUGGAUCUUGAAUCUGGCAGCAACAAUAUGCUCCAUGAAACAAAACCAUCUACAAGACUAAGGGAAGAAGAUAAUAUUAGCCAUUCGAAACCUCUAAAAGGAGAGGCACAACAUGAGAGCAGCAAAGAAGAGAGCAAUGGAAAGUACAAGGCAAAAAGAGCAAGACAGAUGAAGAGAGAAAAUAGCCUUAGUUCAAAUGGAAGGAGCAGGGACCGCCCAUUGUCACGGGAUGAAAACUCCAUGAUGGAUAUGCAAGUUCAACCUUCUAGAGACUUAUCCUGGACUUGGAGAUCAAUGCAAACAAGUUUCCGCAACUUCAAGUCUAACAUGGAAUCGAAGGGAUUCAUCCCUUUACAUCAAGUUCAAGAUGCAGGACACAGUCGUGCUUCCUCAACUGAAUCCCUGGAUGAAAUAUUUGAUAAGAUAAAAAGACCAGCUUCAGAGUCCAGAAAAUAUGACAGUGAUGAUGAUGUGUAUUAAGGCUUGAAAGGUUCAAAGCCAGGCAGAUAAUAUUAUGUAAAAAAGAAAAAAGGUGUCAGAGAGCAGCCUACAAAUUGUGUGAGAAUCAGGAUAUUGGUUGUAAAGUUUGUUUAAUAUUCUUUUCUCCAAGUAGUAGGUUUCUGCACUGCACAUCUUUUUGGCGUCUGUUUCGUUGUAACAUGUAGUGGCGUAGUCAUUUCUCAGCCAUAUAAAUAUAAAUACAGAAAAGCAUAUAAUCCUCAACUUUAAAACUUCAGAAGAGUUGGAAACUCAAGUUUCUGUAAUAUCUCACUGUCACUCACAGUUGUAUUGGAUGAUAUUUAUUAGAUGUAUAAUUAACACA